AUGUGUCGGAUGAUCCUUCGCCGCCACUGCCCCGGCUGCGGGAUGUUGGUUGGCACCGACGUCCUGCCCGACGACUAUGGGCACGCGAGUGCUCCUGCCGUCUGCCGCGAUGCGAUCGUGGCAAGUUGGGCGCUCGGUGGUGGGGGAAACCCCUUGGAGUACCGUUGUAUCAACCGCCUGUGCCGAUACAACCUCGGUCUGGUGGCUGUCGACCUGGCGACGAUCCAGGAACGUUACGGCGCGCGCGGCUUGGAUGCCGAUUUCAGCGACUUUGUCGCUGUUGACCUGGGCCAUAUGGCCGAAGAGACGAUGCCCGCUGAGGGCAGCACCCAAGUCGGUUCGCCGACUCAUCUCCCCGCUCAGGGGGAUGUGUACCUCGCCGACCCCGCGGCGCCAGAAGCGGCUCACAUGCCGGCUCACUUGAACUUUGGUGCUCACCAGCACCACCACCACCAUUUUGUCGGCCCUCCCGCGCCUGACCAGAUUCCCGUGCCGGCCCAGAUUCCCGUGCCCGACCAGAUUCCCGUGCCGCCCCAGUUCGCCGCUGCUGCCGCGGCUGCUGCGACCCAGACGAGGAGGAGGCUCAAGUGGGGAAAAGAGGAUGACGCCAUCCUCAGAGACGGGCGGAAUGCGGUCCCGCCCAUGACGCACGAGAACAUCGCGAGGCUGAUGAACGGGAGGCACACCAAGGCGGCGUGCGAGAGCCGCUGGGUUGUGCUCAGGGUGGCGGAUGAGAAGAAGAAGAAGGAGGAGCAGGAUCGUCUGGAUCGUCAGGAUCCUCCACCGCUCUGA